AUGUCUCGCCCUGCACAAACGCCUCUUCGCCAGUUGACCGAGAACGGUCCCAAAAUUCCAGCCAUAGGCUUUGGCCUUAUGGGCAUGAGUAUAGGUUACGGCGAGGCCGAGUCCGAUGAAGAACGUCUCAAAGUUCUUGAUCGUGCAUGGGAGAUCGGCUGUACAAAUUGGGACACUGCCGAUAUCUACGGUGACAGCGAAGAUGUUGUUGGCAAGUGGUUCAGGCUCCAUCCUGAGCGCCGUGGCGAUAUCUUCCUCGCGACCAAGUUUGGCCUCAAGAUGGAGGAGACCGGCAUGGUCACCAACUCGUCUCCGGAAUAUGUCUUGGAAAGUGCCAACAAGAGCUUGCAGAGGCUCGGCGUUAAGCACAUUGACCUGUACUAUAUGCAUCGUGCAAAUGAGGCCGUGCCGAUUGAGAAGACCGUUGGAGCUAUGAAGCAGCUGGUCGAAGAAGGCAAAGUGAAAUACUUGGGCCUUUCCGAGGUCUCUUCGACGACACUCCGGCGGGCACAUGCCGUUCACCCCAUCACGGCCAUACAAGCCGAGUACAACCCGUGGACGCUGGAAAUCGAGGGCGCUUCAGGAACACACCUCAUGAAGACAUGUACAGAUCUCGGUAUCGCGAUAUUUGCGUACUCGCCACUUGGUCGGGGCAUUCUGACGGGCCGAUUCCGUUCGCCAGAGGACUUUGAGGAGGGUGAUGUUCGAAGAAACAUGGCCCGCUUCCAGGGCGAGAACUUCAAGAAGAACCUGUCCAUCGUGGAUACCUUUCACGAGAUAGCAGCACAGAAGGGUUGCACGCCAUCGCAGCUGACCCUGGCAUGGAUCUUGGAGCAGAGCCCCAACAUCUUUGUGAUUCCCGGUACGAAAAAGGUCAAGUACUUGGAAGAGAAUAUGGGUACAGCCAAGGUGCUACCAUUGGGAAAGAAGGAUGAUGACAGAUUGCGCCAGGUUGUGUCCGAGGCCGAGGUCAAAGGUGGACGAGAGUCUUUCUUUGGCGAAUACGCGGACACGGCUCCUUUAGAGGCAGAAGCUUAA